AAGUGAAAAAAAUGUCAUAAUUUCCAAGGGGUCUUACUACGCAACAAUUUGGUGUCUUACUCUUGUUUUCAACACCCUUGGAACAAGCUGUUUAUUUUGCUUAAAACCGGCAUUAGUUUGGGCCUACCAAUACGUCUUUAAUGGAAACAGAAAUACUUGGGUUGAACUGCCAUUUCAAGCUGCGUAAGAUACUCAAAAACUCUACCAAAGCCAUUCAUUUUAUUAAGUUUUUUAAACUUUUGUAGACUUCCCUAUAAAGACAUGACUCAAAUAGGUAACAAACCGCUUUACUUGCUCAUCUAUUGCUUUCUGGUUCAUUCUUCGACAAUUACAUGUUUUGCCCUCUGCGCAAUAGAUGGUAUGAUAUUAUGCUUUUGCAUGUACAUAUCUGGGGCAUAUCAAUGUCUUCAGGAAGACCUUAAGUUUGCCUUCAAAAAUUAUGCAUCGAGAGGCUUGAAUAUUGAAAGCAGUGAUUUACUUUACAAUGAUAUUAAAGAGCUUAUAAGGCGACAACAGAAUAUAAUUGAAAUUUUUAAAGGCUUCAAUAAAAGUUGUAAAAGUGUGAUAUUUAUUCAUAUUGCAGUGGCUAGUGUCUCAUUGGGAAGCCUUUUGAUAAAUAUUCGAUUGACUCCGGGAGUGGCAAAAGUGAUGUAUUUAAAUUACAUAAUUGGAGCAUCAACUUUAGUUUUUAUAUAUUGCUUUGCAUCGGAAUCAGUUAACCAAAAUUGUUUAAAACUUUCUGAGAGCUUAUACUUUUGCGAUUGGUAUAAUUGCAACAAGAAAGUGGCAACAUUGAUUCUUUUUGCUUUGGCUAAAUCUCAGAGUGGAUGUUAUAUGACAGCACCAUUUUUUUCACCAUCCCUUCCACUUUUUGCAUCAAUUAUUCAAAAGUCUGCAUCAUAUUUCACAAUUUUGGAAACAUUUUUGUAAAAUUGCUAUAACUUAUCAAUAAAUUUACGUAAAAGAUUGAAUGGAUAAUGGAUUUAUAGCCUUAAAUUUAUGUAAUUUAAUUAAUGUUUUAAUACUCCUGGAUAUGAAUAUAGAUUUCAAGCAGUAAUGACAUAUGAUUGACGUACAUGGCAGUUUAAAUUCUAGCGGUCACCGGAAAAUUUAUCUAAAACAAUUCAUCGAAUUACAAUUGGUCGAACACAAUUCAUC